AUGAUAUUUAAACAGGUAAAUAAAAUUUUAAACAACCGUUAUGUUACAAAUCAAUUUUUACGCAAUGUGAAUACUGAGACAUCGGCAAAAGUUUUAUAUCCUCUAAGUAGUCGAGCAUUACUUAAGAUUGCUGGUCAAGAUGCUUCAGCCUUCCUCCAAGGGCUCAUUACGAAUGAUAUGACACAUUUCGAAGAAGGUGCUAAAUCUAUGUACGCAAUGUUUUUAAAUAACAAAGGUAGGGUGCUGUACGAUACCCUUAUACAUAAAUGGGAUACAGACGAAUCAUUUCUAAUAGAAUGCGACAAAAAACUAAUUACUUUAUUACAAAAACAUCUUAAAAUUUAUAAAUUGAAGCGAAAAGUUGAAAUUGUAGAUGUUGAUAAAGAUUUUAAGACAUGGGUUUUAAUUCAACCAGAAAGUAACACAUUACCUCAACUCAAAAAUAAUGUAAACAUUUAUAAAGAUCCUCGUCUUGCUGACUUAGGUUAUCGUAUAAUCUCUUCAGCGGAUACAAAAGAUUCGCACAUUGUAGACAUAAUUGGAAAAGAUAUUGUCUCUAAAGAUAAUGAGGAUGGAUACAAAUAUUUAAGAUACAAACUAGGGGUUAGCGAGGGGGCAGAGGACUUGCCACCAGGUACCAGCUUUCCUUUAGAGGCAAAUUGCGAUUAUCUCCAUGGUGUCAGUUUUCACAAAGGUUGCUAUAUUGGCCAGGAACUGACUGCCAGAAUUCACCACACAGGUGUCGUAAGAAAAAGGAUUAUGCCUGUAAAGUUUAGUCAAAGUAUAUCAGAAGAUAUAGAGAAGGAUUCUGUGAUAUCGGCUAGUAAUAAUCCAAAAAGUAACUUUGGAAAAUUAAAGGGUGUUAUAAAUAAUUAUGGCAUAGGAUUGAUAAGAAUUAAGGAAGCUCUUGAAGCAAAAGUUCUUAUGGUUGGCAACUAUUCAGUUGAAGUUUUGAAGCCUGCAUGGUGGCCACUAGAGGCACCAAAAGAAAUCCAAAAAAACGAAUAACUCUUAUUUAAUUGAGGAUGAAGCAAAUUUUUU